AUGGCGUCCACUGCUCCGGCCAGCGCCGCUCGCGGGCGACGCAACGCCAAAGCGGACGGGUUCCAGUGGGACAACCCCGGCGAAGAGCCAGUCUCCCCGAGCUCCCCCUCUCGCCGCCCUUCGUUUCUCCGCCUUUCCACCACCUCAACGAUCCUCCUCCUCUCCGCGGUCUUCGUCGCCGCUCUCCUUUUCGUCGGCUUCCGGAAUUUCCGCGUCGAGGCUCCCGCGCCGCGCUCCAGCGCGUCUUUAGGCUCAUUAGACGGUGAUUACGGUACCGGCGACGAUGACAGUUACGGCACAACCAACGCGGCAGGUUCCACGUGGCCGACCGGCAGCAAGUCGUCAAAGCUGACGGCCACCGGAACGGGGGUUUCAGGAUCGUUCGGGUCGACCGGAUUGACGGAAAACGUCGGAAAGAAAACGUCUUGGGACGAAAUGUCGGAGGAUGAGGAUGACCUAGGAACCACCACGGGCUCUAGCUGGCCGAGCAAGAGUAGCUCCGCAAUCGGCGGCGGGUUUGGCGGCGGACUUGGCGCUUCGUCGAGCUGGAAGAAGGGGGUCGCCGGCAGGGGAAGCAGCGGGAACUCGUGGGGUGGCGGCGGCGCGGAUGCGAUGGAUGAUGACGUGGACGCGUUCGCGAGCAGCGGGAAAAGCGCGGGAAGGUUUGGCGGCGGCGCGAUGGGCGAUUUGGGUAUGGGUGAUGACGAUGACGAUGGGGGCGCGCUGUAUCCCAAGGAGAAAAGCAGGGCGAGGCCAAAGGGGAGGAAAGGGAAGAAAGGGAAGAGGAGCAAGAAGAAGAUCGGGAAAAAGACCAAGACAAGGGGAAAGACCAAGAAAACCACCAAGCGCAAGACACGUAAACAUGGUAAGAAGAGCGGCGGAAAAAGCGGCGAUUCGGACUGGGAAGACGAGGACAGGACCUUCAGUCCUCUGGGAAAAUGGGGACGGAAGAAGAAGAGCCGACGGAGCAAGGCAGCUGACGAAGAGGAGGAAAUCGACGGGGAGAACGACGACGAUGACAGGGGCAGCAGCAGCAGCAGCAGAUAUGGCAGCUCUGGAGGUUCGGGAUACUCGAAGAAGCGGUCCCGGGGAGCGGGGGGCUAUAUUGACGCGGAUACCGCCUCGUCGUACAGACAGGGCGCGGACCGCAUGGGCGGAGGCCGCGGAGAGCACGGGGAGCGCGGAGGGCGCGGGGGGCGCGGGCUUGACAAGGGGGGAGGUGACCCGCUGGACCAGGCUUGGGAUGACCUGGGGGGCGGACGAGGAGGGCGGGGGGGCCGCGGCAGCAAGUGGGCGCGAGGGGGCAGCGCGGGCAGUGACGCGGAGGACACGUGGCAAAGCGGAGGCAGGGGCGGCGGAAGGGGAGGAUGGGCGGGGGGAGCGGCGCAGCAGCAGCAGCAGCCGCGCGGGAAGGGGUGGGGAGGGGCAGACACGGGGAGCAACAGACUAGGAGGCAAUGGGGGCGUGGGAGGAAUGGGCAGAAUGGGAGCGGGAGCUGGGGGGGGGAGAGGAACGGGCGGGAUGACAGGAGGAGUUGUUAAUGAUGAUGUCGAGGAUGCUUAUGGUGGAGCAGCAGGGGGAACAGCGGGGGGAGUAGCAGGGGGAGCAGCGGGGGGAACAGCGGGGGGAGUAGCAGGGGGAGCAGCAGGGGGAGGCAGGUCGUUUGGGGGAGGCGUGGGGGGAGGUGCCGCUGCGUUUGGGGGAAGAGGCGGAAGCAGUGCUGGUGGCUUUGCAGGGGGGGCUCAGGGAGGUGUCAGGGGAGGGAGGGGAGGUAUGGGAGGUGGGUUUGGAGGGGGGUUGGGGCAAGCAGCGGAUUUAGACGGAGAGGAUGACAUGGGUAUGGGUAUGGCUGCUGGCGGUGCUGCUGGGGGAGGUGCAGGCAGCGCUAUGGGUAACAUGGGUGGAAUGGGCGCAGGGGGACUUCCUGCAAGGGGGAGAAGCAGGUUAGGGGCCACGAGCGCUGGGUUUGGCGGAAUGGGGGGCGUGGGGGGAGCGGGUAGGAUAGGAGGGAGUGCCUCUGCUGGUGCUGGUUCAAAUCUCGGUGCAGGCAUGGGUACUGGGAUGGUGGGAGGGGCUGAAACGGAUGAGGACUAUGGACAGAGCGGUGGUGGUGGGUUGGGAGGAGUGGCAAGGGGAACCUCAGGGGCAGCGGCAGCAACCCGAGGUGCAUUCAGGGGUGCUGCAGGCGCAGCAGCGGCUGGGAGAAUGGGUGGUGGGGGGAUGGGCGCAGGGGGGAUGGGUGCAGGGGGGAUGGGCGCAGGGGGGAUGGGUGCAGGGGGGAUGGGCGCAGGAGGGAUGAGCGGUGGGGCUCUGGGUGGGGAAGAUGAGAUGGGUGGGGCAGAUGAGGAGGCGGGGGGAAUGGCAGGCACGGGUGUUGCUGCAAGAAGCGGGGUGAGGGGCGGGAGGAUGACUGGUGGAAUGGGUGGUGGAGUGGGCGGUGAUAUGGCUGGUCGCAUGGCUGGUGGUGUGGCUGGCCGUUUGGGAGGUAGGUCUGGGAGCCUCUGGCAGCAGCAGCAGACGCAGACGCAGAGGGGGCAAGCAGGAGGAGUGGGAGCAGGUGGGAUGUUUGGAGCAAGGGCAGGUCAGCAGCAGCAAGGUCUGGGUCUGGAUGGGGAUAAUGACUACCCUGCUGGCGCUGCUGCUGCUGCUGCUGAUGCUGCUGCUGGCACUGGUGGCUUUGGUGUUGCUGGUCGUGUUGCUGGUGCUGCUGCUGCCACAGAUGAUUACAGCGAAGGGGUAGCAGCUGACUCCGUCACUGGCAUCAGCGGCUCCAGCACCGGCAGCAGUGGCGCGAGUGGGUUGUUUGGAGCGAGAAACAGAGCCGGAAGCAGCAGGUUUGGCACCGCCAGCAGCAGCAGCAGCAGCAGGCGAGGCGGUGUGACAGCAGCAGAUCCGUACGGGGAGGAGGGGGAGGGCACAGGCGGAAAGGCAACAGGAGACGCCUCAGCAGGGGAUGUUUCUGGCAUGGACGGUGGGGAUGGCAUGGAAAGUAUGGGCGGUGCAGAGAGUGAGGGGUUGGGAGAGGAGGUGGAUGAGGAUGGGGGUGUGGGGUCUGGGAAGGCUGUGGUUGGAUCCAAGGCAGGGAAGGGCGAGGGGGGGGAUAGCUCCUCCUCUUCCUCUGCUCCUCCAGCUGCUGCUGCUGGUGGCGGUCUGUUUGGCUUUGUAUCUCGCAUGUUUGGUGGCGGUGGGAGCACAAAAGCGUCUGGAGAGGCGACAGGGGAAGGAGGAGGGGAAGGAGGGGAGGCGGAGGGGUUUGAGGCGGGGAAGAGCACGGCACAGUCGGCAGUGGAAGAUGCACUGAGGAGCACUGAAGAGGAGGGGGUGACUGGGGGAGGCUUAUCCAGGAGCAGGUUUGGCAGCAGCAGCAGUGGGGGAGGAGUGGGUGGGGAGGAUGACUAUGGCUCAUCGUCUGCUGCUACUGGCAAUGCUGGUGCUGGGGAUGGUGAUGGUGCUGAUGUGGAUGCUGGUGAUGGUGAUGAUGCUGAUGCGGAUGCGGAUGUUGCAGUGGGGACAGCGGCAGGUUUCAACAAGGGCCGGUUUGUCCGGGGUGCUGCUGCUGCUGCUGGUGCUGCUGGUGCUGCCGCUGGUGAUUCUGGUGCUGCUGGCAGGGGCGGCAUGGGAGAGGAUGAUGAGGAUUCAGAAGCUGCCACUGCGCUUGGUGGUGUUGCAACUGGAGCUAACGGUGGUGAUGCCUCAGAGUCCUCUGAUGCUUCUGAUGUGGACGAAUCUGAUUCGUCAGCUGCGAGUUCUGGGCUUGGUGCUGCUGGCGCCUUUGGAGGGGCAGGGGCAGGGAAGGCCGGGCGGCUGAGCGGGAGAUUCAGUGGGAGGUUGAGCGGUGCGGGUGGUGUGACGGGAAAGGCUGGUAGGCCGAAUGCGAGAGGGAUGGGAGGGAAGACAAGUACAUUUGGAUUUGAUGCAUCGGGAUUGGAAGGAUCGGAAUCAGCCGCUGGGGGAGGUGGUGGUGGUGAUGGUGGUGGUGGUGGUGAUAUGGGACUGGGAGGGAAGGGUGGCGACGAUGAUGGCACAGGAGAAGGGAUGACGACCAUCCGGGCUACUAAGAAUGCGUUUCUGGGUAAAAGGCGGGCGAAUGUGGGUAGUGGUACGAGUUUGGGGGCAACCGCAGGUGUGGGGCUUGGGGGAGCUAGUCGGGCUGGCCGGGCAAGGAAGACGAGACUGGGAGGGAUGGCAUCACUGGGAAGAGCACAGGUGAAGGUUCAACCGGACGACGAUGAUGAGCUGUCGCUUUGA